CCUGGCGGCGGCAUCACACAACGCGGAACAAAACAAUGGCCAAGUCAACCUCACGAGAAACACUAUAGAAAAUGACUACAUUGAUGAUUACAAUAGAUCAUAGAUCAUGUCUUGUGACCUAAAGUGAUCUGUAGGAAAAAAUGGAUACUAGAAAACGUAGAAAAGAAGGAACGGCAAGAACGCCAUCACUUGAAAGCUUGCAGGCUUCACCAAAAAGGGCUCGUGUACAUGCCCAACGCAAGUUUGCUCAAGGAUCCCAACCAAACAGCCCAGCUCCCACGCCUGUCAAGGAGACGCGAGAGCUACGAGAGAGGAGCAUUUCCACGGAUACGAGAACUCGUGCCACAGCUCAGACCCAUCCUCCACCGCCUCCUGCCCUGGACAUUGUGGAAGUCCCAGGGAGACCCACGGUUGAGGACUUCCUUACGUUCCUCUGUUACCGGGGGACAUCACUGUUGCCUCCAGGCUUGGAGCAUUUCAACACCCCUCAGAUUUUGGAAAUUAAUGCUGACAGCCGAAGCCAAAGUCCUGCUAGAGAUGAUAAAAGCAAACCAACCAAGAAGAAGCAAGAUGCUCCCUCACAGGACAAGAAGGAGAAAGAGUUGUCAAAGGAGGCUGUCAAGAAGAACUUGGACCAAACUACGGAGGCAGAAGGGUCAGGCAGUACUCCUGUCAGAGUUACCAGGAGCACUCCUCAGCCACCUCAGGUUCCUGCUGACUCUUCAAGAAAGCUCUCCAAGAGGCUUUUAGUCAAGAAGGCCUUGCUCAUUAAAUCCAAAGCUAAAAACCUCAGGAUACAAGAAAGGAAAGGUGUAAGUCUAAGGAGAUCUGAAGUUUUGAACUCAAGCAACAUCCAAGCUUCAGUUGUGGCAACACGUUCUGGGAGACUCCUUCACAAAUACCGUGUAUCGGCCACGACUGCUAUGGCACGGAAGAAGGCCAGGGUGGCUAAACUCUCUUCCAUACGUCCAAAACAGAAGCUGUCAAGGAUUUUGCAAAGAUUGGGUGGCACAGUAUCAUAUCCAGAAAGUAGACCUACUAGGGUAACACGUAGCAAAGUUGAAGGCAAGGAAGAGGCUGCCAAUGAGAAGAGCAAUGAAGAGGAGGAUCCAAAGGUAAAGCCUGAGGAAGAAAAGCAAAGCGAGACAAAGACAGAGACUACAAAGGGAAAUUCCCCUGAAGCAGCCCCUGCAGGGCCUUCCAAUAGACUGAUAAGGAAGAAGGAAGAGAGAAAGAAGUUUAUUAUGAAAAGAGUUGUCAGAGUUAGAAAAGGGUUAUCGCUGCCACAGCUCCCGAGCAACUUGCUCCCCAUGGGAUUUCAGGAAAGGGUGUUCGUUGAAAAGGGAGAGGGGACUGUUGUUGAUUUAAUGCGCUACACAUCCAAAAGUCCUUCCAAGUUUGGAAAGCACAUUGAACGUGAGGUACACAAUAAAGAGCAGGUGCUUCAGAGCUGGACUGAGAGUGAUAGCAGGUUAUCGAGGAUGAGUAGUAGAGCAGUGUCAGUCAUGAUCAAAGGAGACCCACAGGUUGGGAACCAGAAAAUUAGUGCCUGUGGGGCUAGUUGA